ACCGCUUGCAUCGGUGCAGCCCUACUCUAAUGGAUGCCUCAGAUGUAGACACAGGAGCUGCAAAUGUAGAAAAAUCUAGAGAAGAAACGGAUGUCUCUGAUGUGCGUGAUCUCGCUCAUUGCGGAGAGCUGACCGAUAAGGGUCUGCUGCAGGAGCUCAAAUUAAGAUACCAACAGAAUGAUAUUUAUACGUUCUCUGGGCGUAUCCUCGUCGCUUUCAAUCCGUUCAAACCGCUUCCGUUGUAUGGAUCGGACGAAUUACGUUUGCAACAACGCGCCAGCGUGUACACCAACAAGCCCCACGUCUUUUCCACAUCAAACAAGGCGAUUUCUUCCCUUCUGGCCACUUCAAGUGAUCAGACCAUACUUGUGAGUGGAAACAGCGGAUCUGGAAAGACAGAGACGUGCAAGUAUAUACUAAAGUAUAUUUUCGACUCGUCAGUCGUCGUUGCUAGGGGCGACGAGCUCAAGAGCAAACAGAAAGAUUUAUCUAACGUCUUACUGCGAAGUGGCGUUGUACUCGAAGCUUUCGGAAACGCCAGAACGGCGGAAAACAAGAAUUCAACUCGAUGUGGGCGUGGCACUGAGUUGGGUAUAUCACGUGACUCGGGAGUUAUGACGUCAGCGCGCAUUUCUCAUUUCUGUCUCGACUGCGCACGCGUCACGUGCAACGACAGACAUAAUUUUCACGUGUUUUCCUACAUGGUAGCCGGUUUGUCACGUGAUCUGUUGACCCGGAUGGGAAUCAACAAAGACGAAGUCACGAAUCAUAGAUUUCUAGGCGAUCGUGUGGCUGUCGACAGCGACGCAGUUAGAAAUUAUGCAAGAAUGAGAGCGGCGUUUCAAACGUUAGAAAUAUCAAGUCAACAGCUUGAAAAACUUUUUUCAGUAUUAGGUGCACUCAUUCAGCUCGGCGAUAUCAAAUUCAAAACUGAAAACUUGACUGGAGAAAAGCGAGACAAAAAAUUGGAAUUGAAAUUAUUCCGGCUGCCGUCCGAAGUACAAAAAUCUUUGAAAAAUUAUUGUGUGGAUUCUAUUGUGUCGAGUGGCUUGUUGGUCGCUUCACUUGGACAGCAGAGAUCAGCGGUAGCUGUGAAGGGUGCGAAGAAAAUGGUAAAAGCUUGGAAGGAGGAAGACAAGAGAUCGAGUGAGGCGGAUGUAUUGACUUGCAGUGAGGAAGCAAAGAUUGUUGCCGAUUUAUUGGAAGUUAGUUUCGAGUCGUUGCAACGUGUGUUGCUGAGUACUGCAAGAGGAGAGGCGAGGUCUCCACAGCAAGCAUCACAGACAAGAGAUGUAACAGUCAGACAACUUUACAAAGGCGUUUUUGCUUGGCUGGUGUUACAAAUCAAUAGCAAAUUGGCUAGUCUCUCUGCCUCACUCUCUGAGGGCUCACCUGUCAACACAAUUACUGUUUUGGAUGUUUGUGGCUUUGAGAAUCCUGCUGUGAACGGUUUCAUAGAAUUGUGUUAUAAUACUAUCAGCGAGGCCUUGCAACAAUUGUUUUGGCAAAGAUUGGUGACGUAUGAAGAAGAAAUAUACGACGACGAAGGUAUCCAAUACAACAGCAUCAGCCAAGACAACAAUGAACAAAUUGUUGAUCUCCUCAUGAAGCCGGAAGGCAUUUUAAGUAUCAUAGAUGGUUGUGUAGACCCAAGAGUGGAGAGUUGGGCUACAGAGAGCUCAUCACAUGUAGACAAAUUGAUGGGCAGCUUGUCUAGGCUAAGUGAUGAGAACCAUCAUUGUUAUGUUGUUCAGGAUGAUGCGGUCAGGUUUGCUGUGUGUCAUUUUACUGGCGAUGUGACGUAUGACUGUGGUGAUUGGAUUGCUGCAAGUUGUGAGGAGAUGCCUGCAGAUGUUGUGGAGCUACUGAUGACGAGUAGAUGUGAGGUAGUGAAGCAGAUUGCAGAGACUUGUAGCAAGACAUCAGAUGUAUGGACGAAGCAUACUCCAGAAGGAGAAUCUCGUGCAUCAAGACUAAAAAGUGGGCUAUCAUCACUUGUUCAGAAGAUACGCCACUCAACACCUCACUUUGUUUGCUGCAUCAAGCCAAAUGACAAACAUGAAGCUGGUGUUUUUGAUGAGGAGUACGUUCUUCCACAGAUACAGCAUUAUGGUUUGGUACAAGCGGCUGCCAUGACGGCAUACGGAUAUUCGUUUAGAUUGACAUUCAAGGAGUUUAUUGAUCGCUUUCGUUCAAUUGCUUUCAACCAGUUGGAUGUGGAGGCAACGAAAGACAACUGUGUUGUCAUAUUGGAGAAAGUUGGCUUGCAGGAGUGGCAAAUAGGGAACACACAGGUGCUGAUGAAAGCUUGGCAUGAAGUGGAUUUAGAGAAGGCAGUUUGUGGUGAACACAACGUGACAAUGGAAAUUGAGACAAUCCCAGAUGUUCAGGCUCACCUCGAUGCAAAGAAAGAAACAGAACAGAAGUCAUCCGAUUCGAAGGAAGUGGCAGGAGACUUUCUUGAAAUUAGACUAGAUGGUGUUGAUGUGGAGUGUCCUCCACCAUUGCCAGUAAGGAGUCCACAUUUGCAGUUGUCUGAAAGUAAUCUGUCUGCAGUACCAGCUGAAGAGGUUGGUAAACUGGGAAGCCAAGGGACACAAGUGUCGACCACUAGUCUGGUGCCUGAGCUGCCCAACACAAGAUUUCAAUCGAGAGCAUUAUCAGCAUCACACAUUCAAGGCCCUAACCACAUGAACCGUCCACCUCUUCCCGUGAAGAGACGAACAGCACCAACAAUUCCAAUCAUCGUCCAUGAUACGGAGAGUCCGCCUCCUCUGCCAAAACGAUUGACUCCCAUACGUUUGACCGUGAAGCCAAAUAUGCUGCCACGGCUUGAUGUAUCGAAGCCAUCAGACAUUGAUGUAGCAGAGGACGUUGAAGAUCCAGAAUAUAUAGAAGUCAUUGAUAACGGACCCGUGAAAUCAGGAGGAAAUGAACGGGAAGGUGACAAGUUGACUGUCGAAAGUGAUGAAUCGGAUCGUCGGCACAGUCUUACAUCACCCAGCGUUGACAAACAACUCUUUGAUUGGGAAAAUGCGAGCAAUGAAAUGCCAGAGUAUUUGACACUAAUAGGUGUGUCAUCAGACAAACACACAGGGAAUAAACAGUUGUCAGAUGAGAGUCGUGAAGGUGAUGGUGGCAAUUCACAACUGUAUCCUCGAGCAAAGAAAAUGUCACUGAUGAUUGAGACAACUGAAGAGAAGUGGGGACAGAGCAAACAGAGAAGUGGAAAGCCAGUGGUGACGUCAGGAUGGAAUCCAGCUGCUUUUGCAAAAGCAAAAGAGACACAAGAAGAUCUUGAACAACAACUCUGGUAUCAUGGAAAUAUAUCACGUUCAGAAGCCGAGUCUCGUCUCCUGUCUUACUCACAAGACCAGUUCCUUAUUAGGCAAAGCAAGACAUCACAGGGUUACUCACUGUCCGCGAGUCAUCAUGGUGCUGUAUUUCAUUACUUGAUUAACGUGGCGCCGAAUUCAGGACGAUUUGUGAUUGUUGGUAACACUCGAACGUUUCCAUCCCUUAGCGUUCUAAUUGCAUAUCAUCACAAUCACUUCGUAGCAAAAUCGAUUGGUUUGCUUGUCAAACCAUGUCCAAAACAGCGGUCGGCAUCAUUUUCUCAUGCAUCAGCAGUGUCAUCACCUAAUCUUCAAGAGGUUACAACACCUUUGCCUCGUAUGUCACAAAAAGCUCUAAGUCAGCCCAGUGGCGUUCAUUCAAAUGGCUCUAAGCACUCUGGAAGUCGUCCCCAGUUGCAAUUGUGUUUAACUGGACGGGAAUCUUCCAGACUGACCAGUAGAGUGCAAGGCCCUAUCAUUCCUGCUGCACAUGAGGCAGGUCCACUUCAGUCUCUCGAAGGCAUGAGUUCAUUAGAUCGUCCAGAUGUUCCACCGAGACGAAUGAACUCACCAGUAGACACCGGAAACAACCAAGGUCUUCUAUGUGAGGUAGUGAAGCAGAUUGCAGAGACUUGUAGCAAGACAUCAGAUGUAUGGACGAAGCAUACUCCAGAAGGAGAAUCUCGUGCAUCAAGACUAAAAAGUGGGCUAUCAUCACUUGUUCAGAAGAUACGCCACUCAACACCUCACUUUGUUUGCUGCAUCAAGCCAAAUGACAAACAUGAAGCUGGUGUUUUUGAUGAGGAGUACGUUCUUCCACAGAUACAGCAUUAUGGUUUGGUACAAGCGGCUGCCAUGACGGCAUACGGAUAUUCGUUUAGAUUGACAUUCAAGGAGUUUAUUGAUCGCUUUCGUUCAAUUGCUUUCAACCAGUUGGAUGUGGAGGCAACGAAAGACAACUGUGUUGUCAUAUUGGAGAAAGUUGGCUUGCAGGAGUGGCAAAUAGGGAACACACAGGUGCUGAUGAAAGCUUGGCAUGAAGUGGAUUUAGAGAAGGCAGUUUGUGGUGAACACAACGUGACAAUGGAAAUUGAGACAAUCCCAGAUGUUCAGGCUCACCUCGAUGCAAAGAAAGAAACAGAACAGAAGUCAUCCGAUUCGAAGGAAGUGGCAGGAGACUUUCUUGAAAUUAGACUAGAUGGUGUUGAUGUGGAGUGUCCUCCACCAUUGCCAGUAAGGAGUCCACAUUUGCAGUUGUCUGAAAGUAAUCUGUCUGCAGUACCAGCUGAAGAGGUUGGUAAACUGGGAAGCCAAGGGACACAAGUGUCGACCACUAGUCUGGUGCCUGAGCUGCCCAACACAAGAUUUCAAUCGAGAGCAUUAUCAGCAUCACACAUUCAAGGCCCUAACCACAUGAACCGUCCACCUCUUCCCGUGAAGAGACGAACAGCACCAACAAUUCCAAUCAUCGUCCAUGAUACGGAGAGUCCGCCUCCUCUGCCAAAACGAUUGACUCCCAUACGUUUGACCGUGAAGCCAAAUAUGCUGCCACGGCUUGAUGUAUCGAAGCCAUCAGACAUUGAUGUAGCAGAGGACGUUGAAGAUCCAGAAUAUAUAGAAGUCAUUGAUAACGGACCCGUGAAAUCAGGAGGAAAUGAACGGGAAGGUGACAAGUUGACUGUCGAAAGUGAUGAAUCGGAUCGUCGGCACAGUCUUACAUCACCCAGCGUUGACAAACAACUCUUUGAUUGGGAAAAUGCGAGCAAUGAAAUGCCAGAGUAUUUGACACUAAUAGGUGUGUCAUCAGACAAACACACAGGGAAUAAACAGUUGUCAGAUGAGAGUCGUGAAGGUGAUGGUGGCAAUUCACAACUGUAUCCUCGAGCAAAGAAAAUGUCACUGAUGAUUGAGACAACUGAAGAGAAGUGGGGACAGAGCAAACAGAGAAGUGGAAAGCCAGUGGUGACGUCAGGAUGGAAUCCAGCUGCUUUUGCAAAAGCAAAAGAGACACAAGAAGAUCUUGAACAACAACUCUGGUAUCAUGGAAAUAUAUCACGUUCAGAAGCCGAGUCUCGUCUCCUGUCUUACUCACAAGACCAGUUCCUUAUUAGGCAAAGCAAGACAUCACAGGGUUACUCACUGUCCGCGAGUCAUCAUGGUGCUGUAUUUCAUUACUUGAUUAACGUGGCGCCGAAUUCAGGACGAUUUGUGAUUGUUGGUAACACUCGAACGUUUCCAUCCCUUAGCGUUCUAAUUGCAUAUCAUCACAAUCACUUCGUAGCAAAAUCGAUUGGUUUGCUUGUCAAACCAUGUCCAAAACAGCGGUCGGCAUCAUUUUCUCAUGCAUCAGCAGUGUCAUCACCUAAUCUUCAAGAGGUUACAACACCUUUGCCUCGUAUGUCACAAAAAGCUCUAAGUCAGCCCAGUGGCGUUCAUUCAAAUGGCUCUAAGCACUCUGGAAGUCGUCCCCAGUUGCAAUUGUGUUUAACUGGACGGGAAUCUUCCAGACUGACCAGUAGAGUGCAAGGCCCUAUCAUUCCUGCUGCACAUGAGGCAGGUCCACUUCAGUCUCUCGAAGGCAUGAGUUCAUUAGAUCGUCCAGAUGUUCCACCGAGACGAAUGAACUCACCAGUAGACACCGGAAACAACCAAGUAAGUGAUCCAGCAGUUGCUGCAAAGAUUCAGGAGCUCAGCUGUCUUAUUAAUUUGGAGGAAAAGAUUGUUGAGGCGGUAGAGAGCACAGUAGACUUGCCGAAUAUUGAUAAAAAGUCAAGGAAGAAGCAGCAGAAAACACUGGCAAGGUCACAAACAAAGCUGUUAAAGCUCAAUGCACAAUUGAGAGAACUACACCAGAAGCACAGUGGAUUCACAUGAGCUAUAUAUGUGGUACUGCACCUCUCUAUCUCUUUCUAUAGCAUGCUAUCGAUGUCACAGACAAUUUGAUUAAUAUAUUCAUAUAAUUGAUUAAUUGUUUUGUAUGGAGAGUUGUGCAAGUCGAUUCAUAUCAGUUGCUCAUUGCUUGUAUGCACUCAAA